AUGCUGCUGAGGAAUGGAAAAAUGCUUUGCACAAAGUUAGUGUCUUCUACUUGUGUUAACAUGUUUUCUUGGGUUAAACCCCCUGAACAUUGUUUUAAGAUCAAUGUGGAUGGCACACGAUCUGGCCAUUCAAGCAAGAUUGCUUGGGGAAUGUACUAUGGUUUGAAAUUGGCCAGGGAUCUUAACAUUUCCAACAUUGAGAUUGAGGCAGAUUCUGCCAUUUUGAUUAAUCUUCUUCAGAGAUCUGAUCUUUCUCUUCAUCCCCUUGGCUCUCUUAUCACUGAUUGCCACCACCUCUUAUCUUCUAUGGACAAUCCUAAAAUUAAUCAUGUCUUUAGGGAGUGCAAUAUGACUGCGGAUUCCCUAGCUAAGAAUAGCAUUAAGUAUGCUCCUGGUUUGAUCAAGUUCUGA